AUGCCUGCUGCAAACCCAGUGUUAAUCCAAGACAUCCCGCGGUCUCGGAACGAGCCGCCACCGGUAUUCCUGAUCCACGAUGCCAGCGGCCUCUUAACCAGCUAUUUCAAGGUUGGCACAUUAGGACGUAAGGUCUAUGGAAUUUGGGAUCCGAAAUUUGACGCAGACGGCAUUGGCGGGUGGCAGAGUGUCAGAGAUAUAGCCGAAGCAUACAUCCGCCUCAUCAAAAGGGUCAUGCUCAGAGGGGAAGUCGUUCUUGGUGGAUGGUCAUUUGGAGGCGUUCUCGCAGUGCAAAUCGCCCACAUGCUAGCAACAUCAGGCCGCGGGCUGCGCGUGUCACGAAUCAUUCUCAUCGACUCUGUCUACCCCCGCUGCCCUCGACCAGAGGCUCAAAAGGAGCCAGCCAAGUUACAUCAUGCCCCAGCCCUGCCUGGAGUCAAUCAAGGAACCCGCGACAAGCUGAUGACGGCUCUCAUGCGCGCGACUUGUCUCUCAGACCAGUGGGACCCUCCGGCAUGGUCGAUGCCUAGAACAGGCGUUCUUGGGACCGCGCGCUCCCGCGAUGUCGACCCGACUCCACCACAUGCGGUGCUAAUCAGAGCUAAAGACUUGGUACCCAUGGCGGACCCGGGCGAGAAAUGUCCCCUUGAUAGAACUCGAUUUCUGCCUCAACUUGGCUGGGAGGAUAUGAUGGAAGGUUUUGUUGAGCAAGUUAUCGAAACUUCUGGUAAUCAUUACAGCAUCUUUGAUCAAGAAUACAUUGAUACCAUCACGGCCCAUAUUCGGAAAAGUUUGGACAUGUGCCUCGAUUAG